GGAUUAUUUGACCCACGGGAACGACUCCAGGCUCGUGUCGUCGGUCGGGAUCGUGAGCUGUCUCGUCGUGAGCGCUGCGAAUCGGUAUGCACUGCCUAGGUGCAGUGACGGGAGGUGGUGCCUCCAGCCCGAACGGGGUUGGCGGCCGAGGUGGUGUUCUUAGCGUGUUCCGAGCCCUUGGAGUCCUUGUGUGCGAAGGGAGAAUCCAGGGUCCUCCGCGUGGCUACAAGGAGGGCCCACAUUGCGCACCGCCUAUGCAGGCGAUUCCAAACGACCACGUGUGUGAGGAGAAUAACUAUCUAUGCAAUCGAUACCGGGUGCUAAUUGAGGAGAUUACAGAACGCCUCGCUGUCGGAUCUUAUUUGUGCGUGGAGGUGGUUUUGUGCAGCGACUGUCCGUGCGGUUUGGCAAAAUCCACAUACAAUUAUCCCGUUCCACCCUCCAUCUCGCAAUGGCAGAAAUGCACUUCGGAAAUGUUAUUGGAGUACUGGUGCAUCUGCGUUGUUCCGAGCAAGAGUCCAGAAUCGAUGAAUUUUCAAGGCUUAUAUCAAGCAGUACGUUCGCGAUUACACUUCAGCCAGGUCGCAGCAUGGUGGUCACGCAGCAACGGCGCGGAGUCGUGCUACGUAGCCACCCGGAUCAUAUCGCAUAACGAGGACAAUCUCAGCAAGUUCCGCGAGCCGCCGGUGGAGCACACCUUCCCUCUGGCUGGCAACAACGAUGGAAAUUCUAUCAAAGUAACCGUUUGGGCAUUGCCGCGAAUGGAAGAAGUACCCGUGCUUACAUGCUCUCUACAUCCGAAAAAGGAAAAGGACGAGGAAGAUAUUGCGAGAGCGUUAACGCCUACCAAGAGCAUUCCGAUGGGAUCUGUCGGGUCACAAAACUCCGAGAGCCUCGUCUUGCCUGCUUUGGUGGACGACCGACUGCAGACCACCUGCAACAAGUCCGGUAAGCACGACUGUCGCUGCGAGGAGGAGGACGCGUCCCCUCUGUCGCCCACUAUCAGAUCAAACGGUGAGCGGAAACGUCGCCGGUCGCUGCCCUGCGGCCCAGCGGAGAGUCCUUGCGUGACCUCGCAACCCAUGCCAUUGCCGUCCCUUCAGGAACACAUCCCGCAGGAGACAAAGGAUAACGCGAACCCGCGAGGCUCCGCCGAGAUGAUGAACAACAAUCGUAGCGCAACGCGGACCCUGCAGAACAGACCGGAGAACAGGAAUGAGGUUAGGACUCGCAACAAUCUGAACUCGGAUCACCUGGAGCACUGGUUCAAGGUGCAGCUGAAGAUCGAGGAGCAUGAAGGCAACUUGGAGAAACGCUGCAAGCGCACGGCGAAGGAGGAGAUCGUUAAUCCGAAGAUGAACGUCGACCGGAUCGAGGAGAGCUACAACAACUCGGUUAAGAAUUCCACUAACGUCGGGACAGGAUCCGGUGACGCGUCGGAGAUGACAUCCGCGACGAAAGGCGGCGGCCUCUUGGACAACUUUGCGCCCUUUGCUCCCGCCGUCUGGCCCUUCGUCUCCUCUUGGCAGAACAGCAAUAUGAACAGCAAAUUUCAGAGCUUGCGCGGCGUGAAGGAAGCCCGUUUCAACGACUCCGAGAGAAGUUACAAGCCGUUGAUCGUGAAGGACACGCUGCACAACGCUUCGAACGAUCCCUACGCUCAGCCUACUCCCUUCCACGAGUCAAAUCCCGGACCGUCGACGUACAAAUGGAUGCAGAAGCUAGACAAUUCCGCUUGCACGGUGCAUCAGAGCUGCUCGAAGAAUGUCAAUAAGAUCGUCGCCGAGGCGCGAGUGUCGACCGGUCAAGACGCGUUGGAGAUCAACAAGGAGGAUAACGCUCUCAGGAACAGUCAGAGGAAAACCGGCAAGUCGGACCUGGGUCAGUUGAUGUGGAGACUGUCGAUCCCCGAUGAGAAGGACAAGAGCGAGGAGGGUGGAUUGCUGGAUUGGUUCAGUAAAGUGUCCGGAAGAGUCCUGGGCGUCGCGGCUACGAAAGGCUACGUGGGCGGCAAUAAGACGAAGAGCGGAAGCCUGAAGCAGCCUGAGCAUCCAGCCGGGCAACAGGGCGCCAACGAGAUCAAGUUCAAGAACUGCAAUUUAGAGCUGAGCCAGCGGGAGGUCGACGAAGUUUUGGCGGUGUUGCGAGCGCGGACACCAUCGGGACGUCGAAGAUCCACUGUGAAAAAUGUGAGGAGGCGCAAUGUGGAGCGACCCGAGAGAGGCGGUGACGGCGUGGAGAAGAUUCCGGCGAAAUGCGCGAGUCCGGAUGAAGAAGCAAUGCGGAGCAACUCGAUGAAUCGGCCCGCUGGCGUUUGCCGAGUCCGCGCGCUGAAGUCCUGCGAGGAUUGCAAUCGUGGAUCGUGCAAGAUGAUAGAUCAUCAGAUACCGGAAGAGCAGUCGAGCCCUUUGGACCGAGUCUACUACGACAAGAAUGUUUACCAUCCCACGCGCCCGAAUCCCGCCGACAGACGUGCCAACAGGUUGAACGAAGAGCGCGCGAACGGAGACGCGGAUCACCUGCAGAACGUUUCCACGAAGGCGGACGUGCUGCUCGGAGCGAUUCUGCGGACCAGCAAGGACCGGAAAGAUCCGCCGGACGUUUCGUCAAAUGGGACCAGUCCGAGAUCGACAACUAUCGUCGACGAUGACAGCAGCGAUGAUGAUUCUUGCUCUUCGAGCGUCGAGAAGCUCGAUCAGCAGAACAACGGAACCGCCGGCUUGUCCAACGACGACAAAUUCCUGCCGUUGAACAAAAGAUUCCAUCGGUUUCGGCAGCUAUUCAAGAAGGAAGUGGACAAGAGGAUCGCCAUGAUGGCGGAAGAGGGCCCUUUCUCGCCAGAGACGACGCCGAGCCCGACACCGUCGCAACGCUCCAACUCGGCGCUGCUUCGUUAUAACAACGAACAACCGAAUCUGCAUAACGCGAGAAGCAGCAGGGUGAAGCGGCGAAUCGACUUCGUGAACUUUCCGGAAGUCACCGAGGAGAAGGAGGACACGGCGGUUCCGCGAGCAAAAGAAACGCAUCAAAAGCCGCGUGAGUCGCGCAGUACAAAUAACAAUCGCGAGUGCGAUUCCGCGGGUCUGAACAACCGGCAGAAUCAUCGCGACAGGCGAUUGCUCGAAGGCGCGAAGGAACCUGCCGUGGAGGAGGAGCGGGGCGAGAAGAAGGACAUUGCUAUUCUGCAGAAGAAUAAUUUGACCACGCUGACCACUGCGCAAAACGGACAUCCGUCUUCCAAAGUACGAAACGGCAAUCACAAGGAUGGCAUCGCGGAGACAGGCGACGACGAGACUGUCGACAAGAGCGUGCCGUCCGCCCUUGAGCAGGAGAGAUUCCGCAGAUCUCUCGAGAACGCGGCGUCAAUGGUGUUUCACAGCAGAACCGGUCUGCCGUUGACUUCCAGCCCGGCGCCAUUGAGGAGAGGCAGCUGUUGCUUCGACUACGACAGCAGCUUGAACUCCGUCUCUUCCAAGAGAAACGCGUUGUUCGAGUUAAACACACCGCCAAGUCCGGGCGCGGUAUCGUUGGAAGAAACCGAUCGCGAGACGGAGACGCCCAAGAGACGGUCCAACUCUCGCCACCGGCCGCAGAGUCACGCUCUUUUAGGCAGCUUCGAGGAGUCAGCGUUGAACGGCAGACUCGAACCGGUGUCCACGGUUCACGGUUUCACAGCGGAGCUCGGAGCCAGCGGUUCCUUCUGCCCGAAGCACCAGAAACUUCCAGUUACCGUGUUCUUCUACACGCUCGGUGACAACGACAAAGUCUCCACGCCAUACCUUGCUCAUAUUAAUCUGGAGAAAAAGGGCUAUCAGGUACCAAGAAGUGGCACCAUCCAAGUGACUCUUCUCAAUCCGCUGGGUACAGUCGUUAAAAUGUUCGUAGUAUUGUACGAUCUAACCGAUAUGCCACCGCGAUCUCAUACUUUUUUACGUCAAAGAACACUGCGGGACAAAACACUACGCUACCUCGUUCAUCUUAGAUUUAUGUCCAGCAAAUCAGGCCGAAUUUAUUUGCAUACGGACAUCCGUAUGAUCAUCUGCCGUAAAUCCGACGUGGACACGGCAUCGGACUUGGGCUCCGAGCCGCCGAAGGAGCUCAGGAGCUACAUCCACGGUCCUACGAACCCGAAGUUUUCGCCAAGGUGCUGAGCCACGUGGUACUUUCCGUGGGGCUGCUGUCAAUCGUUCCGCCCGCCCAGUCCCCUUCAAGUCGAAGUGUGAUCAAUGAAUAAUCCAGAUCGGGAAAUCAAUUUUUGUUCUUUCGACCCUUUGCGGAUAUGGACAAUAACAAUCUUUCGUGCGGGUGUAAAGAAAAAGCAAUCGGAAUGUUCUUAUUUGUCAUCGUUUCUAAACUUCGUGCUUAAAAUCUUACGAGCACUGGGACUAGUAGAGAUAGGUUGUUGCGUUAGCGAAUUGUGAUAAUGUUAAGACGAAAACUGUAGCUCUCAGUUAAUUAUUAAACAUUAUUUUUUUUUUUUUGGAAAUUACUUUAAAUCGCAAAGGGUUAAGGAGGGUCGAGAAAAGGUCGAAAGAGCGUAAAAGAGUGGCGAAAGAAAUUCAAAGAAUUCACCAUUCGUGUUGGAAUCAUUCAUAAUACAUUUUCUUCCUUUUUUUUUCAUGAAAAAAUUGACCCAUUUAUCGAGUCUUUUGCGUUGGAAAAUUAAAUCCUGCACUUUUGGCACUCCGACUAUUAAAUUCUAACACGAUUGGUUCGUAAAAUUGAUUCGAAGCUCAAUUACACUUCCGGUGUCAUUUCGAUCCGUGGAUUCGCGUUCACAGUCUAGGAUGCUGCAUAGAAGUAAAGUAGAAUAAGUUCGCGCAGUUUGUUCGUUUUUGUAAUAACGAUAGUGAUAUUAGAGUUCGAAAGUUCUGUUAAUAUUAAACCGAUAAGUCUUUCUGUUUCCAAUCCAACGUGUAAUAAUCGUAAAUGAAAUCGGUCAAUUUAAAAUUCGCAGUAAGAAUUCACUUCGGAGCUUUUGUCCCGUUUCGUUCACACAAUGUUGCUAAAUCAUUUCAUUUACGGAGUUUAUCGCAAGCUGGACGAUCUCGUUGAGAGGCCAUUUUCUCAACUUAUUAUUGUAAAUAUAGUCAGAUGUAGAGAGUAAGAAUUUUUAAGCAGGAUGAUACUGCCAUUGUGUGUGUAGCACUCUACGUUAAAUUGAACAAAAGGGCGUGAUACGAGCGUGGAAAAACGUCGACGAAUUCGGUCUCUCGUUCCAAUAUAAAUAUCGAGGAAGAUCAAAAACACAUACGAUAUCUGAGUGAUAUGUGCAAUGAUGAGUACAAAGUUAUUCGUGUGUUAUUAUUGCGUUCUCGCAAUAGAGCAUUAUCUCAUUUCUGACGAGGAGAAUAAACCCGAGAAAAAUAUCGAAAUUCUCUUUUCGCAGAAAAUUAUUGUGAUUUACAAUGAUUGCGAUUUGCAAUGAAUAAUUUGUUCCGUUCAUUUUGGCGAUUUGAUAAACGCGAGCGAUCAGAACUCGCGAGUUUUUCCCGGGAUUAAAAAAUGAUGACUUAUUUACACACACACACACACACACACACAUAUAUAUAUCAUGUAUAUAUACACACGCAUAUAUAUAUAUAUAUGUAUGUAUAUGUAUAUGUAUAUAUAUAUAAAUCAGAACACAACUUUGUGUCCGUAGCACUGUGAUGAAUAUUUUGAUAGACUAUGAAAAAGAGUAAUUAUUAUUAUUACAGAAUAACUAUUUCUGAAUAGCAGACAUGUCGUAGAUUUAAUCAAUUCUACUAACACGUCGCGCGAGAAAUUAUAAUCGCGCGUAAUUUACUAACUAGCCGUAAGAUCGAUACGCCUGUUUUAGAGUUGUUUAAGGCAAACGAACGUGACACUCGCGUUUUCCUUUAUUUUUCUAAGGACAUUCCGUGGAUUGCGCGGAAGAAUUGCGGUUGGGAGAGCUUAUGGUCGACCAUUCGUCAUGCGACAUUCUUUGAUUUUUUUCCUCACAGGAAGCAGUUGAAUUAUGCAAUAUAAAUGAGAAAGCGCGUUUCGUAAGAAAAAUUUGACCAUAAAAGUUUUGAAAUUCAAAUUUCUUGAUCAUAAUAGUUAAAUAAAUAAGGUUUUUUAAAUAUAAAGAUUGUAGUAUUGACACUUACACGUAAUUGUUUUAUACUGCAAAUAUUUUAGCAAUCAUUGACUUUAGUAUCUUACAUACCUAAAAAGUAAAAAAAUGCUAAACCUUGAUUACGACGUUUAUAGCCUUGAUAAAAUUAUAUGGUUAAUUUUUUUGUAAUAUUUAAUUUCUUAUUUAUAUAGUUAUCAUCGUGUAGUUCAACUCUAUCGUGCUCGCAAAAGACGGAAGGAAUCGCAUAAGCUCUCCCUGUUGGUUGGUGAACAUUUUACUAUCACAAUCGAGUCGAGUUUUUCGCUCAAUUAAUUGUCGAAAAUGAGGAGAAAAAAGAAAAUUUCGUUAUCGUUUGCGUCCUUUUGGCCGUGACUUAUACGAAGGCAGCUUUCAUAAUGCGAAAACUGAUCCUAACAUAUGCAACAGUGAUAUAUGCAAUGAGAUAAAAAGCGCGAUACAAAAAAUCUUGAGGAAAACUCUUAAUAAUCCGCACUCGAAACGUUUGUUGUAAAAUAAUAGCAUAAAAAGGUAGGAUAAAAGAGUGCUGUAUAAAGGGGUUUAUCGUCAAUUGUGAUUUUUUCAGCGCAAUUGAAUCAUUAUAUAUAUAUAUAUAUAUAUGCGCAUAUAACUACCAAAAGCAUAAUAACAUCAUGCAUAUAAUUUCGGUCGUAAAAAAAAAGACAUUUCGAUAUUCGCGUUCUCUUUUUAUCUGAUUUUGUAUCCAACUCGUCUUUCCUUUUUUAUACAAAGGAAUGAAUAUUUUUUAUAAACGAUUUUAAUCAAAACAAAUUCUUUAAAUCUACUUUUCAUUUUCUCACAAACGUCUUUCAUGAAGAUUAGAGGCUUUAAAAUAUAAUUUUAAAUAUUUUAUUAAUUUUCCUUCAAGCGAACUUGGAUUUUUACGAUCAAAGUUUAUUAUUCUUUUUUUCUUCUCGUAACAAACAUUGUGAUAUUAUGUAAUCUACGUGCUUAUAUAAAACCACCAACAAAAGAAGGAAACGACAUUAAUUCUUUUCCCACUCGUACAACAACUGUGAAUAAAUUUCUUCAAUUGUUUCAAAUUGCAAUCACGAGUUUGCAAUACGGUCGCCAUCCAAUCCCACACAUUUAUUUUUUUAUCCGCGAGAAGGAAGUGUCGUGUUUCGACAGACCCAUGACGAUGAAAAUGAAAUCCAUGCACUUUUUUGUCACUCGUCAGGUUGAUUAAUUAGACAUACGUCUUUUAAAUAGAGAGACGUUUUGAAAUAUUGUACAGAUUGGCGGCAACAGUGAUCGUGUUCUUCGUCUUACACGUUUGCUGCCGACUUUAGUUAUCUGACACCUGAAGCCAGCAAUAUUUUUCAACUACCUUAUGAAACAAAGGCAAUAAUCUUAUAAACAAAAAUUAAUUCAUAAGCUAAUAAUUACAGGCACACAGAUCUUUCCCUCAAAUAUUAGAGACACACUGCCUUAAUUUUCUCUGCUUAUGCGAGAACGCCAAUUGGCGUCCCUUAGCUUUGGAGGAGUUGUAGAAGGCCGUGAAUCGGCCGGCAGCGAGCGUGUUUACGAAAACGAUUGUAACCGUUGUUAAAUACAUUUUUUCGAUGUUUUCUUUUUUGGAAAAUAAAGUAGAGUGUCGAGACUAAUUGUUGUGGUAAA